AAAAUAAUUAACUUUGGAGUCAUUUGAGUCGUUUCAUACUACACAUCUUUAUCGUUUCUUGUUUUUUAAGUGAUUUAUCAUCAUACGAUACAGCUCCAGGAUGUGGAGCCCACAAAAAGGUCCUACACGACUGUGGGACCUUAGGUUUAGUCUUUUAUUUAUUUUACAAUUAAUGUUUAGUUUAGUUUUAGCUGGUAAUGAAUUAUGGCCAAUGGAAAGGCCAGAUGGUAUGCCAAACAUAGUCUCAUUAGAAGUGAUGUGCGGUAAGGAUCACAUGGAUGUACAUUUAACAUUUUCCCAUCCAUUUGAGGGUAUUGUUAGUUCAAAGGGUCAACACAGUGAUCCACGUUGCGUUUAUGUACCCCCAUCGACGGGUAAAACGUUCUUCUCAUUCAGAAUAUCAUAUUCAAGAUGUGGCACAAAACCAGAUUUGAAUGGACAGUUUUAUGAAAAUACGGUGGUCGUGCAAUAUGACAAAGAUCUGUUGGAGGUCUGGGAUGAAGCGAAACGUUUGCGUUGUGAGUGGUUUAAUGAUUAUGAGAAAACAGCAUCAAAGCCACCAAUGGUAAUUGCUGAUCUAGAUGUAAUACAAUUGGAUUUCAGAGGCGAUAAUGUUGAUUGUUGGAUGGAAAUACAACAUGGUAAAGGUCCAUGGGCACCACCUGUUAGUGGAAUUGUUCCUUUAGGUUCUACUCUUACUCUUGUGGUGGCGAUUAAUGAUUAUCGUGGUGAAUUUGAUAUGCGUGUUAAAUCCUGUGUAGCUUCUGAUGGUUCCGGUCAUGUCAUCAAUCUUUCGGAUGAGUUUGGUUGUGUUCUACGACCUAAAAUGAUAUCACGUUUCCUAAAAGCCCGAGCUCCCGACGAGAGAGCCACUGUCAUAACGUAUGCUUUCUUCCAUGCCUUCAAAUUUCCCGAUGCUCUAAGUGUGCAUAUCAAGUGUAAGGUGGAGAUUUGUAGACAUGGAUGCUUGGAUCAUUGCCAGCUAAAUGAUAAUGCCAAUGAACGUAAAGAUGUCCUAAUGAAUGAUAAUAUGAUCAAUCAGAAUAAUUUGUUAAGUGAUAUGAGCAAUGGUGGUUUAGGUGGUGGUGGCGGAGGAGGAGGAGGAUUAGCUGGUGGCAGUUUGAGUGGAGGUAUGGGCCAUAGUCCUAAUGGAGUACAUCAUAAUAGUAUGGGUGGUCAGACCAACGACAUGGGUAUGGGCAAUCCUGAGGCGGGACUUCAUGAUCAUGACAUUUUCUACGAUGACAUUAUACAUAAUCGCAAACAAUUGUCUCAAAUCAAUAGUGGCAUUGCCAAUAUUCUGGAUCAAUUUAAUAAUGUUCAUGAAAAGAAUGCCAAUUUACCACCACGACCAGUGCACGAAGAUCCUGAAGAGGCGGAUUUGGAGGAUAUUUUCGGUGAGGAAGAGCUAGCCGAAUUGGAUGAAGCUCAAUAUAUGGAAUUGCGCAAGAGUGGUAAAUUCCCUCAUGGUCCGCGACAGUUGGCACAAAAACGCAUGGGUGUACCUAUGGCAGGCCCCAGAUCUUUAGAACCUAAAGACAAAGAUGAACAGCCAAGACCAGUUUAUAGACCUCAAGCUGAGGCUCUCAAACAGUCACGAGAAGAUCAUAUUGAUUUGGAUCAGCAUGAAGAGGAGGAAAAAUCGAAAGAAGCCGCCAACAACACCCAAGAAGGAACACCUCGUCGCAGAAGACGUUCCAUAGUAAUAUCAGAUCGUAAAGUGCGCAGUGCUGAUGUAGGUGUAAGUGGUCUUUAUGAUGUUAUCUCCGAAGCAGAUUUGGCCUUCUCACCCGAUACAAAACAGGAGGCAGUCACAGUUUUCCAGGGCAAAAUAAGUGAAGAAGUGGUGUAUGGCAUUUGUAUGCCGGUACCUGGUUUCAGCAUACUCUUUAUUGUGGUCAUUUCGGCCACUAUAGUGUCGGCUUUAAUAGCUGGUUCCCUGCUCUAUCGCUAUCAACUACAAAAGGAGGCCAUGGAGAAACAAACACCCAUGCCUCUGCAGGGUACUCUGGCCUCAUGGAUGACUCUCAGACUAUUCCGCAUGCGUGAACAACAACAUCAGCAAAGUGCUCAAAAUGCUGCUGCUGUGGCCGCCGUUCAAAAUUCUCUAGCUGCCGCCGCUGCUGCUGCCAGUUUAACCCAUGAAUCCGUACAAUAAUUUAGGCUUUUCUCGGAAUAUAUUUUUCUAUUUAAAACAAAAGUCGUUGGUUUCAUAGAAAAUACUUAAGAAAAUACAAAUUUCGUUUGGAUGUAUACAAAAACUGACUGAAAAUCUAAAAUUGAUUUAUUUUAUCUAUAAAUUUCGGGCAUAAUUGCAAUAGUUAAUGUUUUAUUUAUUAUUUCUAUUUCUUUUAAUUUAUUUUAUUGAAUUGAUUUUUCUUUUGAUUUUGUAAUUUGCAAAUUCAACUUUUAAUUUUUGUCCAAAUUUUUUAUUAUUUAAAAAAUUUAAUUUUUUUUCCACUAGAUUUUAAGGCUUUAAUUUAUUAUUCUUAAAUUAUUUUAUGUUUAUUUUUAUUUAAAUAAAUAUUUAUUUAUUGGUGCUUUCUGUGGUGCAUUUAGUUAAA